GAUGGCAGAGCGGCUGCAAAAUGAGACAUGAUUUCCAGACUCAACAAAUAACUACAGGAGGAGGAGCAGCAUCUACUUGGUGAGAGGGAACCUGAGAAAAAUGAGAUGGAAGGAAGUUUACCCGUCCAAACAACAACUGAACGACCUACAGCACUAAUGAGAGGUUGUUGCCACAGAGGGGCUCUUCUCCCUGAGCCACAGCAAGAUCUUGUCCGCUUUUAUAUUUACCAUAGCUGCCUUACACUCGACUGACACACAAGUAUGCUCCUCCAGCCGGCAAAACAGCGACACCCGGGCUUCUCCUGAUGAUGAGAGCCAACGUCAGACUGGUUUCCAUGAAUAUUGAUGUGGAGCAUAGACUGUUUCAUAGAACAGAAGGAGGCAAGAUGGCUGCCCUUUAGGAUUUGUUAAAGAGGCGAUCCAGACAAUUUGCUGGAAUUUCUACAAAGUGGAGGGACAUAAACAGAAGGUGGGACAAAGGGCAGCCUGAUGUAUGGGCUCUGAGCAGGACAGAUGGACACAGAAAAGGCCAAACAUGAGGCGGAAGAAAGUUUAAUGUUGGAACAGUUCGGAACAUCUCACCAUCAUUCUCACAAAUUCCAGAAUGGAGCUCGGUGUUCACAGGAGGAUUCUGUGCAGAUCAGCAACAAUGAAAGCUGGAUUACUGGUGCGGUGCAAUAUGAACCCAGCAAAGCUGCUGGCCCCAUGAAGAGAUACAGAGAGAACUGCAACAUUCCUGCUUCCGAACAAGCAUUGUUCCAACCGGGAUUCUUCAAGAUGAACGGAGACUUAAUGAACGGAGAGUUGAAGCAUGGAUUCGCAGAGCAGUCCUUAGCGGGCCACCAAACUAAGAAAAUAGAUGGUGAAAUGAAAGAAAACGGUGACUCAAGCCGUAAUUUUGUGAAAAACUUCUCUGAGUUGACAACGAAAACUGAAAUGGAACAGACCGCUGUUCAGACUGAUAUUAAUUUUGAUAUAAGAAACUGUCACAUACCUAACAGGGAUAUUUUCAACCGACCACGAAAUAAGUCUGUUCCAAAUGGUGCUGUAUCAUCUUCCUCAACCAUAGAAAGUACUCCCGGUGAUCUGUUGGAAAAAACCUUGUCUCAGUAUUAUCCUGAGCAAGUGUCCAUUGCACCACAGGCAUCUGGAUCACAGCUGGAUACUGUCAAUGACUCACUCGCCACACGCUCAGUUGGUGAAGGUGCACAACCCCCUGCUGUAACCUCAGGGCUGUCGAAGCAGCAGCAGCCGCCUGCAGCAUCCGCAGAAGGCGUCAACAGCUACAACUCUGGCAACUAUUUAGUAAAUGGAUAUUCUAGUAACUUUGGAGUAAAUCAGCAGCAACAGUCUCCAUCUUGCUCUGGUCAAGAGAUAGCUCUGGGGCCACAACAGAAUCCCGGUGGGGCACAAUGUUUUCCAGAUAACACAAACCCUCAAAGUACAUAUACAAAAACCCAGCAGGAAUACAACCCAAGGUCUUUCCUGAACCACAAUAACCCCUCGCAGGCUGCAGAGGCAAGUGGAUAUGGAUCUCUUGUUAAUUCUGGUGCAAAUGAGAACAGUCAGAAUGACAACAGAGCUCAUCUGUAUCAUGACGCCAACAUGGGACUCCAGUAUGGGACUCAAGCUCAGAAUUUUCAGGAUAACUCUGGACGACAACAUCAACCUGAUGGUCAAAGGGGAAACAGCCUCCAGCAGCAAAAUCACUCUGUGUCAGUAAAUGGUGUGGAGGACACACAUCAACAAAGAGUUAACAUUUCAUGCUCCACUCCCAGCCAAACUAAUUGGAUAGAAAGGAAUCUUUCACAUUCCCAGCAGCAGCCGACACAGUGCACAGUAUCCCAGGCAAAAGAGCAAGACAAGUGGAUAGCUAAGCCUCAGUCAGAACAACAGACCACCAGGCCCCAAGUUCAAAAUCAGAUACUGGAGCCAAACCAAGUGCAAAGGUACAGGGAAACGCAGACACAAGGACUUUUUACAGACAGCAGGCGAGGAUCUAACGGCUCGCUUCAAAAACAGCCGGACUGUCUACCUGCUCACAUGCAAUGUGCUUCAGUUCAGCACAACACUGCCCCUGAGUGGCAGCAGUCCAACUCUAAAGCACCUCAGAUGCAGCAACAUUUACUCCAGAAAAUGCCUGAGACAAAAAACUUCCCUCAGAAUCACCAAACUAACUGCUACCUCUCCCCAAUGCAAUCAGAGCACUUACACGAGGACAAAGACUUGCAGGAGAUAUUGUCAGUAGAGUUUUUAACACAACAGCAGCACUGUCAGCUUCAACGCCCGCUGUCCCACCCACCACAGUUUGAAGCCCAGCAGCUCAAAUCCCCCACCUACAGACCUCGCAGCCAGCCUCCACCAGGCCAACACCAGCCUCAACCAGACCAGCCUUUCAGUAACAACCAUCAACAAACUGACCAAUCAGUAUUCGCCUACAAUAACACAGAGAUGCAACAACCACAACAUCAAAGACAGUGUCUUGAAAACUCAGGCAGCCAAAACCCCAAACAGUUUCAACCACAGCAGCCUAACAACCACUGCCAUGAGCCCAACCAGGUGGACUUAGCCCAGACUUCUUCACAGUCACAACAUCACCUACCACAGGGUCUGUUCAGUCAACAGUCAGGAAUACGGGUGUAUCCCAAAACUGAGGAGCAGGCGAGGGCUUCUUGCACUCAGUUCCAAACAGGACCUCAACUACCUCUGGGACCAGCAGGUCCCCAUGUUGAUUUUCAGAGGCAUGCGGCUCUUCGCAUGCGUCUAUUACAAAGGCAGGAACGCCAUGGCCCUUCUCAACUCCCUCAAAGCCCAGUUGACUCCAAACAAAACCUUGGAGCUAUAAAAAUGGAAAACAGCCCCAGAUUCGAGCUGCCCACCUCACGGCAGCAGGAACAGCCGUUUAUGACUCGUGAUGCAGGGAUGGGCGGGGUCAAGAUCAAGACCGAAAAUCAACAAUCCCUAUGUGUUCAAGACAAGAAGCCAGGGAACAUCCUGGCCUCUAUGGAACAACGCUUUAAGCAGUACGAGCUCUCAAAUCUAUAUGAGAAGAAACCUCUCGUUAAUUCAUCAAAUAAAGUCAAAGUGGAAUCCUCAGGGGCUGUCACCAUACUAUCAACCAACAUGAAUAUGACUGGGACAGAAUCAACGGCCACAGCAGCUUCUAUUCUGAAAAAUACCAUGGACUCCACUCCCAAGAAGGAACAACUCCUUAAAAAUUUCAUAGAUUCCCCCAUGAAGUUGUUGGAUGCCCCUGUAAAGAAUCUUCUGGAUACCCACAUGAAAACUCAAUAUGAAAUUGCAUCAUGCCACUGUGUUGAUCAAAUCAUUGAGAAGGAUGAAGGUCCAUAUUACACUCAUUUGGGCUCAGCACCUACUGUCGCUGGCAUUCGAGAGCUGAUGGAGAAAAGGUCUGGCAUCACUGGGCGAGCCAUCAGGAUUGAGAAAGUAAUUUACACCGGCAAGGAGGGGAAAAGUACACAAGGAUGCCCCAUAGCCAAAUGGGUGAUUCGGCGAUCCAGUGUAGAGGAAAAGCUACUGGUUUUGGUGCGUGAGCGUACUGGUCACAGAUGUGACACUGCCUGCAUCAUAAUUGUAAUUCUGGUCUGGGAAGGCAUCCAGCCCAGCUUGGCUGACCGCCUCUACCUCGAGCUGAGUGAAACUCUAACAAAACAUGGAGCUCAUACACAGAGACGCUGUGCUUUCAAUGAGGAGAGGACUUGUGCAUGCCAGGGCUUUAAUCCUGAAGCCAGCGGUGCGUCUUUCUCUUUUGGCUGCUCUUGGAGCAUGUAUUAUAAUGGCUGCAAGUUUGCUCGAAGCAAAAUCCCAAGGAAGUUUAAGCUACUAGGAGAUGAUGUCAGAGAGGAAGAGAAUCUUGAGAAAAGUUUUCAGAAUUUGGCAACAUUACUGGCUCCUUUGUAUAAAAUUAUGGCCCCUGAAGCCUAUGGAAACCAGGUAGAACAUGAGCACAGGGCCCCAGACUGUCGCUUGGGGAUCAAGGAAGGACGGCCUUUCUCCGGAGUGACUGCAUGUUUGGAUUUUUGUGCCCAUGCUCAUAGAGAUCUCCACAACAUGCAGGGAGGAAGCACUGUGGUGUGCACAUUAACGAGGGAGGACAAUCGAGAAAUUGGAAAGAUACCAGAAGAUGAGCAGCUCCACGUCCUACCUCUUUACAAGGCUUCUAGCACUGAUGAGUUCGGCAGUGAGGAGAGCCAGCAGGAAAAAAUUAAAUCAGGAGCCAUUCAAGUCCUCAGUACCUUCCGUCGUCAGGUGCGCAUGCUUGCAGAGCCCGCCAAGUCUUGCCGGCAGAAGAAACUGGAUGCGAGAAAAGCGGCUGCCAACAAGAACGCCAUGCUGGAAAGCUCAAAUGAUAAGGCAGAGAAGGCCCUUUUGGCCAAGUCAAAGGCUGGCACUUAUGAGAACACUGUCCAGAGCACUCCAUUUACAGGUGCUGUGGGAGCACCCCUUCAGUCAGGUCACCCACCAUAUCCCCUCGGGGUCAUGCCGCAGCAAAUUCAGCAACCACAGGGCAUGUGCCCCCCUUUCCCUUCCUCACCAAACACUGCUCUCCCAAGGUUCUCUAACAGUCCGGGCUCUUUUCCAGGCUCUUCAAAGCCAGGAAGCAUGUACACCGCUCAGCCAUCAUCACCAGCCAGCCAUUUCCUCUCUUCACUUCCAAACUCAUACAUGAAUGGGCCACAUCGUCCACAACCAGGUCACCAAUGUAACGGAGGAAUGCCUGUUGAAAGUUACCAUCAGUUCUAUGCACCAAAACAAAAUCAGCUGGACGCUUAUCGCCAACAGCGGCCAGUGUUUUUCCCUGAGCAGCAGUAUGGUGUCCAACAACGCUUUGAGCUCAAUUAUCCAUCUAGGUACAGUCAACCAGGCUUCCAAGUCAAUGGUUACAGUGCCAUGUGUCCCCCUCAGCCCAUGAGGCACUAUGGUCCUUUUGGCAACAACAGAACCCCAGAUGCCCGGUUCAUUGACACCCUAACAGGAGCACCCUCUGUUCAUGGUGGCAUGGAUUAUGCACUUACUGUAAGUAAAGGCAAUCAGUUUGGAGAAUACCCAAGUUCAUACUUGCCCCAGAGUCCACACAUCCCAGGCCGUGAUUCCUUCCCUAUGCAACUUAAUACAGACAUGGCCAUGCCUAAUCCACAGAUGCUCCCAGCCCAAAUCAGCAGUGGCUGUUUAAACCCUGAAACAGGGUUGGGUCUUCUCAGUGGUGGACAUAUAGCCUCCAAUAUUAAGUCGGAGCCUGGAACGCCUCAGACACCCACAAUCCCUCAAAAGCCAGAAAUGUGGUCAGACAAUGAGCACAACUUCUUGGAUCCUGAGAUCGGUGGUGUGGCUGUAGCCCCAAGUCAUGGCUCUGUACUCAUCGAGUGUGCAAAACGAGAGCUGCAUGCCACAACACCCCUCAAAAACCCAGACCGCAACCACCCAACACGCAUUUCCCUUGUCUUCUACCAGCACAAGAAUCUGAAUGAGGCAAAGCAUGGGCUGGCCAUGUGGGAAGCUAAGAUGGCAGAAAAGGCUCGCGAAAAGGAGGAAGAGGCUGAGAGGAACGGCGGGGAAGGGACUCCAAGCAAGGGCAGCAAGAAAGGGGGGAAGCGGGAGCAUUCAGAGUCUUCAGAGAUGAUAGGAGAACCUCCAUACAAGCGUUUCAUAAAGGCACUAAUGGAAGGAUCAUCGUCAUCGUUCACAACUAAUACUCACGUCAUCACAACUCCAUAUGCAUUCACCAAGGUCACAGGGCCUUACAGUCAGUUUGUCUAGAAAACAACCUCUUAGGAACUUGAAGGUGCUGCAACCCAAACCACGUGCAUCAAAUCACUAUCUGCAACCUUGGGAUGGAAAAAACAAAUGUGCUAUGUUUCUCAACUCUCACUCAACUGAGCUUUACUAGUUGAUCCUACUGAGGUAACUAUUGCAAUACCAGACAAACAGUGGUGCUUUUAGUCUAACACACAAGGAACUUUUUCAGCUGGAAACAAAGUUUCUUUUAAUGGUGGCUUUAUUUUUCUUACACAAUUUCUAAUAUUUGCAUAAAACACUGACUUUCAAAAGUCUAAGACUCACGGUGCUGAAAAGUAUGCUUAUCACCACUUUCAAAUGCCUUCACACUAAAACCAGAAUACACUCUACAAGAGACUCACAGUUCAUCUACUGGUAACUGUCUAAAAUCACCCGACAUCAUCCAUCAUUUCUAACAAGUCAGUGUUUCUAAGAGCACUUUUUAAAUUUUUGAGUUUAAUGUUUCAGACAUUAAAUUAAAAAUUACAAUCUGAUCAUGCUGCAUAGCAAAUGUAUACAGGUGCAUCUCAGUAAAUUAGAAAACCUUCAAAAAUGUUAUUUAUUUGAGCAAUUCACAGCACAGCAGUUAAACCCAUUUAAUAGCUCCGUCACAGGGUGGCGUAUCUGAAAUGUUUCUUUCUGUUGCUUUCAGUGAUUAUGGCUUACUGCAAAUGAAAACUAAUUUAUUAACUUAGCUUUUCUUCAUACAAAAAACAAAGUUUUUUCAUAUUGAAAUCUGGGUCUAUAUUGAAGUAUGUCUUUGUUGAGGCUUUUUCCAUGCAUUUCUGCAUCAGUACAGUGUUGCAUUAUUCUGAUUAGACCGUGGCUCUACUGAGGUGCUUCCGUAAACAGCAGCCCCCUGCUCCUCUUGUUUGGUGCUUCUGGUGGUAAUACUCCACAGGUUGUCUGUGGGUUUUAGAUCUUUGAGCAUCUCCUUAAAAGUCUCAUAAUGAAAGAUCUAAUGAUCAUUUUAAGGCCUUACUAUGGAUUGUAACAAACCUUAAAAUUUAACAGGGUGUUUGAGAUUGUUCAUUUGCUCUUUCCCCUCAUUUUUGGUUUUGAUACUUAUUUUGAGUAAAUGUAAUUAUUGUAUUGUACUUUUCGGUAAUACAGCUGCACUAUUUAAUGUAAAAUGAAAUGCUAUGUAAAAGUUUUAUCUUAAGAGAAAUAUUUGUGCUUGUGAGGCUUUUCUUAUACACUUUUAUAGCCAUAUAGUCUUUUAAAAGUUUUUUAAUGCUUUUUGAGAACAUCAGCAAUGUUUUAUUAUUAUUUUUGUUAUUGGAAUAGUUACAAGCGAGAGAAAAUAAAAAUUAGGCCAAAUAACUCAUUGCUAUCUGAUACCAAGUCAGCAGUACCCAUCAUGAUUGCGUAAGCCAGUUUAUAUCCAUAUCUGUUUCAAAACCCUUUUUUUAAACAAAUAAAAAAAAGGCCUUAUAUAGAAGAAUUUUAUCUCAUUUAUUUGUUUGCCGGCAGCCAUAGCAAUCUGAAGUAACAGAAAAUUGUGAUAUAUGUCAGACUGUCAAAAUGAAUUUAUGAGUCAUGUUUUGAAUUCACAUGAUUAAAGUUCCCAAUAAUAUUGUAAUUUAUGGAGAUGCAUCUGUUGUACUUAGUUCAAGUACCUGGAAAGAAAAUUAACUUGUCAUCUUAUUGGUGCUUUUUUCACUAUCUGGUGUAAUUUAUUCUGUAAAAUUGAGCCAUUCAUGUGGUGCAUUCUAAACAUUUUGGGGACAAAAAUAUAUAUAUAUUUUCUCUUUAGUUUUUAGCAGGUUUAGUUUGCUGUUCUUUGUGACUGUUUUUAUAGCUCCUUACUGUAGAUUCUCCAAAUAUCCUGGCUUGUGAAUAUUACAUGUAGUUUUAUGUCUGUGGUGCUCAGUAAAUGUGCUUAUAUACACUGAGGAACACAAAACAGGGUAAGCUCAGUGUCAGAGGGCAGCUGACUUGCUGUAGUGAUCGAAUUAAGAUGGACAGGUGAGAUCUGUACAGUAAAUUAAUUACCCAUAUUGGACUUUGGGGAUUUAUGUUGUAAAUUAUGCCGGGUGUCAUUGUGUUUCUUUAGGUUUCAACUGAUUAAUUUUAACAAGGUGCUAUUCAGCCUAAUAGAAAUGUACAAUGUGAAACUUUUGACAAAAUGAAAAGGCGUAUAAAUAAUGUACAGCAUAAACCUGUCAUACCUCAAAACUAGCUCGGUAAUAGGAUUAUUACAUAUCGCUCAUUGUUUGUGUGCUACUUUCACAAUAUUAGGCCACCAAAAGGCAAAAGGAAGCUCUUGUUUAUACUUUCAGUGUGCUUUGAAAGUAUUAGUUGAACUUUAAUAUUACUGUAAAAUCAGGGACAUUCUUAACUAAUUAUGUGUGCGUCUUUUGCAAAUUUGUGUUAAUCACUUUUGUUUUUGUUUAAACAGCCAGGGACUCAUUCUGAAUCCUGGUUGUGUUCUUGUUUAAUGGAUUUCACAUAAGUUCAAAUGAAAAACAGAUGCUGUCCUGCAGAAUUUCUAUUUUAGCUAGUGAGAGGGUAUUUUCUUCAAAAUUAAUCAACAUAUAUGCACUCAGUUGACAAAAGGGAAAGAUAUUGACGAAGUUAAAGCGGUCUGUUUGCCUUUGCUACGCAAGACCACAGUAGUGAUUAAUGUGACUGCACGUUUUGCGUCUGCACGUUAGUAAAUUUAAUUUAUAACCACUGAGCAACUUAAUUAUUUCUUCCAAUUAAUUAUGGCAAUUUAACUGAGUAUCAGUCAUACUUUUAACAAAAGCUCUCCCCAAUUCUUUCACAUAUUGAUUUCUUUGAAAGCACUUCAUUUAUUUUUUAGUAAAAGAAGUAUGUAGUAAAAAAAAUUUAAUGUUUUAUUUAAAUAAAUAAAUUGUACAUGUGUUUAAAAAAAAAGAUAAAUUAUGUUACAUUGUACAUAGCUUGAAUUUGUAUUGCAGGAGUACAACUCACUGACAUUCACAUUAGGCUCUUUUUAUUCUGUCAAAUAAACCCUUGGCUCCACAUAUGACCUUUAAAAUAAAUUCAAAAAUUAAUAACUGGAGCGUCUCAAGGUGAAUGAAAUGAAAUGAUAAUGGAUUAUCCAGGAAGUUUUAUUAGUUUUUUUGUAAAUACUACACUCACUUUCACAGCAAUGUUUACAGUAAUAGAAGCUAGCUCAGUUCUUUAGAGGCCCUGGUUUAUAAUCGUUUUGUAAAAUGAAUCUUCAUGAUAUUAAAUAAAAAAAAGGUUGGAUAUCGUUGUACAGGACCCAGCUACAGUAGCAGGUUGUCGAUGAGAAAGCCGAGGCACCAGAAGCGGGUUUAAAGCAUAGCCAUACUUGAAGAUGCUUCAGAGUGUUUCUGAGUGAGUCAACUUUACUUGAAUGACUUUCCUGACUUAGCCUGUACAUUUUAUGUGCUGAAUUCAGCCAGGUUAAGCCAGCUGUUUGUACACACUUGGUCUUUUUGCAGUUAGACACUAAAAAAAAUAGAAAAAACUUUUAAAAAGUAAAACAAAAACAAAAAAAAUCAUAAAAAUUUUGCCCAAGUUCUCUCGAAGUUCGGUAUGCUAAACCAAUAAAAUGAGGUUGGCUGUUAAUACUGUAAGUAUUCUAAUGUACUGGAUGCAGUUUAUUUGAAAGCUGUUAAUUGUAUCAUUCCUGAUGUUGCCGACAUGUGGGUGUUCCUUUUUUAAAUAAAACUUAUAUUUAUUUAAAGCAACAA